AGCACCGCGAGCGGAGGACAGCUCCCGACCCUCCCGCAGAAAAACACCGCAGAAGAGCUCCAACCGGACGGCUUCACGUCCGCACGACAACCGACUCGAACGCCGUCAUCGCGAUCAACUCCUCUCUGCGUCUCAAGUCCGCUGACGUAUGCUGCAAGCCACUGGGCAAACUGGAAACAGUGGAAAAGCCUUCCAUACGGAGAGAGCUGUGGUCAUGUAUGACGGGGCGAGGGUUUCCUCCCCUGAGGACACUGCUAAUGGCGUCCCACUGCAGUCAGAGGCUCCUGCCGUCCCCCGUUCCACCGCUGAGGAGCCGGAGGAGGAAGAGGAGCAGGGCGUCCCGCCUGAACCCGUCCUGGUGAAGAAGACUCACAGAGAGAUCCUGGACCAUGAGAGGAAGAGGAGGGUGGAGCUGAAAUGCAUGGAGCUGCAGGAGAUGAUGGAGGAGCAGGGGUAUCCUGAAGAAGACAUCCGGCAGAAGGUGGAGACAUUUCGCCAGAUGCUGAUGGAGAAGGAGGGAGUGAUCACGCGAGAAGGAUUUAACCCACGACCACCGGUCAGGCUGCUUCCUCAUGAAGAUGGAGAUCAUGUGCAAAAUGUCGCGUACACUGACGGCUAUGAACAAGACUAUGACUGGGAUGGAGAGUAUUAUGAGCAAGACUCGGCUGCUUAUGAUGAUUGCAGCAGACCCAAGAGAAAAUCCAGCAGUUCACCUUCACCUCGGCCAAAGAAGAGGAAAAAGAAGAAGGCACGAAGACACAGCCGAGCUGACAGUCUGUCUCCCACCCGCAGAGACAAGAGGAAGAAAAGCGGAAAGAAACACAAAAGAGACAGGUCCACAUCUGGCUCGCGGAGGAAGAGGAGGCACAGAUCUGGGAGCCCCAAAAACAAACACAAAGACAAGAACAAACAGAAGAAGAGGUGUUCAGUGGAUUCUCCCAGCAGGAGUUCUCAGCACAGAGGCAGCUGCUGUAGCUCCCGCAGUGGAUCCGUCUCCUCCAGCAGAUCAAAUGCGAAGAGCAGGAACGACAGGCACAAACAGGAAGGAAGUCACUCCAGCCGCAGCCCCCCUCCCUCCCCCAGCACCGAGCAGCCAAUCACGUGGCAGAAUGGAAACCACAGCAUACGGGUGCGCAACGGAAAAGACUCGGGAGCCAAUCACGCGGAGGGGAAUAAAGGGAACGAUAAGCUUCCCUCGACGUCUCCUCAUGUGAGAGCUAUUAAAGGAGCUGCGGCGCAGGACGAAUGCGCAGAUGGGAAACCGCAGAUUUCGGAGAUCGCAGGGAGACGUGGUGGUCGGACGAGGGUUCGAGAGAGGACGGAGCACUCGCCGGCGCACAGCAGCGACUCACAGCAUGAGACGCACGCUAAAAACAAGAGUCAGAAGAAGACAAAAGAUGCUCACUCCUCUAAGCGGCACCAUCGUGGGCGUGGCCAGAACCGGCACCGGAGCUCAUCGGUGUCUCCCGGGCGGCACAAACACACAUCCAAAAAGAAGAAGAGCAAGAGUCACGGGACGACGCGGCAGCGCAGCAGCUCCUGGAGCUCCGGCAGGUCGACAUCACGAGAACGCGGAUCCAGCAAGAACAAAUCACCUCACACCCGCCAGAACAACUCCAGAGAGAGAGACAGUCCUCAUCAUUCAGACGCAGAGAGAGGUCGCCGCCGCUCGCGCAGUUAUUCCCCAAUCCGCAAGAGACGGAGAGACUCGCCCAGCUUUAUGGAGGCUCGCAGAAUCACCAGUGCACGGAAGCGUCCGAUUCCGUAUUACCGUCCAAGCCCAUCGUCGUCCUCCAGCUCCAGCAGUUACAGCAGCAGCUCCAGCCGAAGCCGGAGCCGGAGCCGCAGUUACAGCAGCACGUACAGCAGCUACAGCAGCCGCAGCGUCAGCCCAGCACACAGUUACUACAGCCAAAGCAGCUCACACAACUCCACAACUGCACACUUCUAGCACACAAACACUUCAGUUUAAAGGUGAACUGCACUGCAAACAUCAUUACUGUACUUAAUUAAUUUAUCUCAUGCAUUUUUUUUUCCAGUACAUUCUUAAAAUGAUUCCAGUGAUAUAUAAAAUGAUCUGGGCAUAAAUAAUUGCACGCUCUCUGAACAAACACAUCUGAUCUCAGCAGCUGAUAACCAUGAGCAAAACUGCCCUAAAGACUGGAUUUGUGUACAGUGUGAAUAUAGCUAGUCAACUGGGAAAUAACUGAUAAACUAAAGUGGUAAAGUACAGUCAGUCUGUACAGAAUAAAAGCAGACAUUCAAUUUUAGCAGUAUGCAAACACGCACACACACACACACACACACACACACACACACACACACACACACACACACACACAUGCAGAGAUAUUGAUGUUCUCAGCAUAUUUAUAGCUAACACAUAGUUAUAAAUAAAUCUAGUGUCUCUAUUUAAAGACUAAAGGCCUGAAGAACAAACAUAAGAUGAGCACUUUUUUUUUUACCUGAAAUUCUUCCACGCUGCAAAUAUUACCAAAAAAACUGGGUUAACAAUGAGUCCAAAAUAAUCUGAAAAUCCAGAGACUUUAUUAUUACAGUGGAGAUUCAGAAUAAUGAGGAACGAAAGCAAGAACAAACUGAUUUUAUUAUUAUUAUUAUUAUUAUUUACAAUAGUUUAUAAUUUGGGUGAAUCUCAUAAAUAAAUGUCCCAAAUGUUUAGGAAUAUUUUUAAAAAUGCUCUUUUUUAUUUACAAGAAAAGCAGCUUAUUGUACCAAGGCUAACAGAAUUACAGUAGAAACACUACUGGUGUGAUAUAAUUUAGUCUUUUAUUUUGGCUACUAAUAAUAAAGUGGUUUAAAUGUCUUGGAAAUCACAGAAGAAACGAACGUUUCAUUUCUAUUUAUUAUGCAGCUUUUAAAAAUAUUUUGUUUACAAAUCACUGACAGUUCUUGUGAGAUUCAAUCAUUUAGUGUUAUUUAGCUCGUGAUUUAGGAGAAUCUCAUCAAUAAACAUUCAAAUAUUUGGAAAUAUUCUGAUUUAUUCAUGUUUAUUAAAGUCAUUUCUGCUCACCAAGUCUACCAGAAUUACAA